AUGUCUGUAGUGACAUCUGACAGUCAAUGUACAUCUAAUGACGUCACUAAUCCGAUAUUACCCAGUUUACCAUUAGAAGCCAAUGAGCAAGUACUUAGUUCUAGUGCUACAACUCUUAAAAACGCUGUCAAGACUAAAAUAAAUUUGCCAUGUAAGAAGAAUGUAAGUACAGAACCUUCUGGUUCUAGACCCAAUAUCAAAAAUACUACGAUGACCGUACCAAAUAAAAAUAAGACUGUACUUCCCGACACCAUGCUUUACCUUAC